UAAGUUGAUCCACUUAUUGCUAACAACAAUCCACAUGGGUGUACCAUCAUCUUUCUUGGCUCCAUUUUUCUUCCUCACAUGCUUCAUUUGCUUGUAUCCUGACCUCGCAAUCGCAAAAAAUGCUGCCACUGGCAUUACGCGACGUUAUACAUUUGAUAUACGGUUGCAAAAUGUGACAAGAUUAUGUCAGUCGAAAAGCAUAAUAACCGUCAAUGGGAAAUUCCCUGGGCCGAGGAUUAUUGCUAGGGAAGGUGACCGAUUGGUGAUCAAAGUUGUUAAUCACGUCCCUAAUAAUAUUAGUAUCCAUUGGCAUGGAAUUCGUCAGCUUCAGAGUGGGUGGGCUGACGGGCCAGCAUACAUAACACAAUGCCCAAUUCAAACGGGCCAGUCAUAUGUUUACAACUUCACCAUCACUGGACAGAGAGGAACACUUUGGUACCACGCCCAUGUUUCGUGGAUUAGGGCUACACUUUAUGGCCCGAUUAUCAUUCUCCCUAGACGUAACACUUGGUACCCGUUUGUGAAACCUUACAAGGAAGUCCCGAUUAUAUUUGGAGAGUGGUGGAAGGCCGAUACAGAAGCGGUUAUCAAUCAGGCCCUUCAGACUGGAGCCGGCCCGAAUAAUUCAGACGCUUAUACCAUUAACGGGCUGCCUGGACCGUUAUACAAUUGUUCUUCGCCAAAGGAAAUUUUUCGGCUCAAGGUGAAGCCCGGGAAGACUUACCUCCUUCGUUUAAUCAAUGCUGCCCUCAAUGACGAACUCUUUUUCAAAAUCACAAACCAUACUUUUACAAUUGUCGAUGCGGAUGCGAGCUACGUGAAGCCAUUUGAAACCGACACAAUCUUCAUUACACCGGGCCAAACAAGCAAUGUUCUCCUCAAGACAAAAAACCUAACCACAAACACCCGAUUUUUAAUGGCGGCCCGUCCCUAUUCCACUGCUGCAGCCGGCACUUUCGAUAACACCACCGUAGCCGGUGUUCUCGAAUACAACAGUAAUAACAUGCCAAUCUCCAAUACUUCAAUUAAAGGCCUUGUUAUGCCUUCACUCCCGGCGAUCAAUGCCACGUCAUACGUAGCCAACUGGACCAAUAAGUUUCGUAGUUUGGGUAACUCGCAGUUUCCCGUGAAAGUUCCACAAACCGUUGAAAACAAUUAUUUUUUCGCCGUCGGGCUAGGGAGCGACCCAUGCCCGAAAAAUCAAACAUGUCAAGGUCCCAACGGGACUAAAUUUUCGGCCUCUAUUAACAACGUCUCCUUCACCUUACCAACCACCGCGCUUCUUCAAGCGCGGUAUUUUGGCAAGUCAGACCGCGUUUUCUCCACCAACUUCCCGUCAUUCCCUCUCAAUAAAUUCAACUACACGGGUACCCCACCGAACAACACAAUGGUUUCACACGGCACAAAAGUGAUCGUGCUACCAUACAACACGACCGUAGAGGUCGUGAUGCAAAGCACAAGCAUUCUCGGAUCCGAAAACCAUCCACUCCACCUCCAUGGUUUCAACUUUUAUGUUAUCGGUCAAGGCACCGGAAACUUCAACUCUACUUCGGAUCCUGCUAAAUACAACCUUGUUGAUCCCGUCGAAAGAAACACCGUUGGCGUGCCUGCAGGCGGGUGGGUUGCGAUACGGUUUCGGGCUGAUAACCCGGGUGUGUGGUUUAUGCAUUGUCACAUUGAGAUUCACUUGAGUUGGGGGUUGAGAAUGGCAUGGGCAGUAAUGGAUGGGAAGCUUCCAAACCAGAAGUUACCUCCACCCCCUUCUGAUCUUCCAAAGUGUUAAUCGUUGUUGAUGAGUCUUUUGUUUUUCGAGUUGUAAAAUCAUGUGCUCGUGAGUGAUUCAUUUCAUGGCUAUUUGGGGGAUUUAAUUUGUGUCAAAAUCCCCUCCAUCCUUGUUCAAUGUUUUUGUUUUUUUUUUUUUCAAAUGUAAUGUAACAAUAAGAGAUUGUUUUGUGAAAUAUGAAUAUAUAUAAAUAUGAGUAAAUUACAAGUUUUGUCCUU